UCACCCCGUCGUCACAAACAAUCACCCAGAAAAGGGCAUUAUGCUUCGUGCCCGUUUCUACCGUCGUCACCGCUUCCAACUUACCUGUAUCUUGUCCCUUCUCUUUCUCUCCCUCUACAAUCGAGGGUUUAAGUUUACCCCUCCGAUGACAGCGUACAUUUUGACCCUCCCCAAACCCUAAAGAAAACAAAUUCCCCAAUACGCUCUCUGUUUCUCAAUAAUAAACUAUGGACGGAGUCGAUAAUGGAGGCGAGGCGUCCGGUUCUAGCGGCGGUGAUCAUCCGGCCCCAACUCCGAUGCCGACCGCAAAUGCGCCGCCGCCGUUCUUGAGUAAGACGUACGAUAUGGUCGAUGACCCGGCAACCGACCCAAUAGUGUCGUGGAGCCCCACGAACAACAGCUUCGUGGUGUGGAACCCGCCUGAGUUCGCCAGGGACCUCCUGCCCAAGUACUUCAAGCACAACAAUUUCUCCAGCUUCGUCAGGCAGCUCAACACCUACGGUUUCAGGAAGGUUGAUCCAGACCGAUGGGAAUUUGCAAAUGAGGGCUUCUUGAGGGGCCAAAAACACCUGCUUAAGAGUAUUAGUCGGCGAAAACCUGCUCAUGGACAUAGUCAUCAACAGCCACAGCAAUCACAGGAACAGAGUUCAUCACUGGGAGCUUGUGUAGAGGUUGGGAAGUUUGGCCUGGAGGAAGAGGUUGAGAGGCUUAAGAGGGACAAGAAUCUGCUUAUGCAGGAACUUGUCAGGUUGAGGCAGCAGCAACAGGCAACUGAUAGUCAGCUGCAAACCAUGGUGCAGCGUCUUCAGGGGAUGGAGCAGAGGCAUCAACAGGUGAUGUCAUUCCUGGCAAAGGCUGUGCAGAGUCCUGGCUUCUUGGCCCAGUUUAUGCAGCAGCAAAAUGAGAGCAACAAGCGCAUAACUGAAGGCAGCAAAAAACGGAGGCUUAAGCAAGAAGAUAUUUCCGAGAGGGAAGAUUCUCCUGCUCCUGAUGGACAGAUUGUUAAGUAUCAACCACUAAAGAAUGAGGCAGCAAAGGCAAUGCUCAGGCAGAUUAUGAAAAUGGAUGCUUCCUCCAGGCUGGAAUCUUUUAACGACGAAGAUGGUUUACUGAUUGCCGAUGGUCCAUCAUCGACCAGUGCAAUGGACGGUGGGAGCUCUACAAGCCAUGUAUCAGGAGUGACUCUGCAAGACGUCUCACCAACUUCUGAGAAAGUUGCAACUCCAUUCCCAGUCCCAGAUAUGAGUCUGCUGGUUGGAGCACAAGAUGCACAUUCCAUUUCUGUUCCUGAGGCCAAUGUAAUCAUGCCUGAGCUUUCGCAAAUACCUGAAAUGAUGCCCGAAAGUAUUGUGGACAUUCCCAAGGAAAAUUACAUGGGACCUGAGACAGGCAAUGGAGGAUUUUUAGAUCCCUCAUUGGAAGUUAAUGGGCCUCUUCCAAUAGAAAUUGAUGAUAUCUCCCCAGAUUCUGACAUUGAUCUCUUUCUAAGUGAUCCCAACUUUUGGGAUGACCUUGUGCAAAGUCCAGUGCCGGAAGAUAUUGAAUCAAAUUCUGUGCAUGGUAUGUUCAAGGAAAAUGAAGCACAGCCAAUGGAGAACGGAUGGGACAAUGUUCAGCAUCUGGACAAGCUUACGAAACAAAUGGGCCUUCUUACAUCAGAUAUUAAAGAGGCCUGAUAUUCGUUACUACAUGUACAUUAGUUUCACUCAUCGGAUGAGCUUGUAAGAAAAUCCUUCACAAGGAUAGCCAUAAGCUUAUUCAGGGCAUUGCUACACAGCAAUAUCAUUUUGAUCUUAAAUCUUAGGCUCUUUUUAUUGCGAACUUUUGGUCUAUUCUAUACAUGGUGACUUGGAAACGUUCAAGUCGUCAAAAGCAUUUGCCACUGCAACAAAAGGUGUUCACGGUUUAUUAUCACUAGUCGUGGAAUUAUUAAACUAUUAUUUUUAUUCUAUAUUUAUCACUAGUCGUGAAAUUAUUGACUAUUAAUUUUAUUUUUAUUUUGUUUUUAACCUGCUUGUAAAGUUUACCAAUUUUAGUGGAUUAUAUACAUAGGAAAGGCGAUGAAAGAUUGUAGAUGUAAAAAACCGUAGUGUUCUUGACCUUUAAUAUAGAGAGACAGACAGAAAUGACAUAGUUCAACAGAAGCCAACAUCUUUAUAAGAGCAAGAAAGCCUCGAGCGAAUGCCAAAUGUUUCCAUUUUCCUCUUUGCAAAGAAAACUGUCGUCUUGAUACGUGCCUGAAUAGGAGCAAAUGAUCAGGCCCUCUUGUCAGCUAAUGGCAAUCCAUAGUACCCUAUAAACCUUCUGUUAGUUAAGGGAAAAGCGGCCUCUACAUGGUUUUGCCUUCCAUUUCGGCUUUUCUGAUCUUUAUAAAUCUGAUUUCUAGAUCCUGCAGGCGUAAUCCCUAUAUCUUCCAAUCAUAUCCCAUGAGUUAGUGAUCAAAAUUGUUCAUAAAAAUAGGGUGUCCGGUUAAUUACUUUAAGUAGCAAAGAGUUGUGAAAAGUACGCGUGUCAAUGUGAAUACUCACCUA